UUCCCAGCAAUGCGCGCUCUAUCCAUAUCGUCGGCAGACGCUUUCAUCCUGGUCUACGAUGUCACCGAUGCGUCCACAUUCGAGGAGGUGCGGGCCAUACGAGAUCAAAUACAUGAGACAAAGGCAACCACAGCGGUGCCAAUUGUGGUCGUUGGCAAUAAGGUGGAUCUGCUGGCCGAGGACAGUGAACUGCGCGAGGUGGAAUAUGCGACAACCGAAUCGGUGGUAACUGUCGAUUGGGAGAACGGCUUUGUGGAGGCAUCGGCGGCCAACAAUGAGAACAUAACACAGGUAUUCAAGGAGCUGUUGGCCCAGGCCAAGAUUACGUACAACCUGAGUCCGGCGCUGCGUCGCCGCCGGCAGUCGUUGCCGCAACAAAUUGGCAACAAUGGGCCCAGUACACCGCUGCACCACCAGCACCACCAUCACCACCACCAUCAGCAGCAACAGCAGCACCAGCAUCAGGCGUCGUCGCACGGUUCCGGCUCCGGCUCGGCCUCCACAUCGUCGGGCGCCGCCGGGGGCGGGGCUCAUGGCUCCCAUACGCCAACGCCCGCUCAACUGCAGCAUCUGCAGCGCAUACAGGAGCGCAGCCUGGGUGCCAAGCGCAACUCCUGCUCCAUUUCCUAAGCCAAUCAUGGCAUUCAACUAUGUAACUGAAACUGAAACUGAAACUGAACAAACGGUCUCCUACAAAUGGUUUUCAAUGUUUCACAAAUAAUAAACGUUUUACAAUUUA